CUGCUGUCAAUGUUGCUUCUCUUUUUCUCUGUGAGUCCGUCUUCGUACAAGUGUCAUCCUACAAUAGGAAAACAUGGCAAAAUCCAAAAAUCACACUAAUCACAAUCAGAAUCGUAAAGCUCAUCGGAAUGGCAUUAAAAAACCAAAACGAUAUAGGCACGAAUCUACGCUUGGCAUGGACUUGAAAUUCCUGAGAAAUCAACGAUUUGCAAAGAAGCAUAACUUGAAACCAAAAGAGCAAAUAAAGAGGGCAGAGGAACGUAAAGCGCUUCGUGAAUCUAAGAAAUAGGUUCCUGUUUCAAUGAGUUUAUCGGAAUAAAAACUUUAUAAAAGUC